AUGAUGGACAACAGUAUAGAAACAGACCUAGAAAUGGUACAUCAAGAUAUGUUUAAUAACGACACUGUCACGCCUGAGUUGGAGGGAAUUUGGCGCCGAAACAGCGACCCGAACGAAAUGGAAGCUUUAAUUCAGCUGCUUAAGACUGAGCUGGUCGAGAGCGAGGGAGAGAGCCUAUCAAUCAACAGCUGUAUUCACACAGAUCAGGUGUCCUAUCUGAAUUCCGACCAAACAAACGAUGAUCUUCUAGAUAAGAUAUUCGGACUAGAGUCGCAGACAAAUGAAUGCGUGUUUCUGGAUGAGGUCGAGGAAGGGCAGCAGGCUCUGUUAUGGGAAUUCGACUGUAGCGUGUUUGAAAGGAAAAUUAUGGUGGAUGACAAUAGUAACUAUGAAUCCUCUGCAGACAGCACGUUUCAAGACAAAGCCCUGAUUUGGAAAGAUGAAUGAA